AUGGAAGAAAGUGAAGAUGCAGCAAUGGAGAGUCAAAUUAUCAUGACUGAGUCUCAGGAUAAGGUCUUCAAAAGUAAAGGUGCAUUAAUUGAGUUGGUCCGUGCUAUUGGAAGGAAGAACAAUAUGAGUCAGAAAAAAACUGAUGGAGAUAGUACUCAAAAGAAAAGGCGUCCUAAGGCUAGUGGUACGAAGAAAUGCGAGUGUCCAUUCGCAUUGAGGGGGAUUAACAUUGCUGGGGAUGAAUGGACAUUGGAGGUUAUAUGUGGUGUACAUAACCAUCCUCCUUCUCAAUCCCUUCAUGGUCACUCAUAUGCCGGAUGCUUAUCUAAGGAAGAACAUGCAAUGUUAGUGGAUAUGUCAACUAGUUUGAUGAAACCCAAGGAUAUUCUUACUGCUCUCAAGAAACGGGAUAAAGAUAACAUUUUACGUACCUUUCCACAUGUUCUUAUCAUGGAUUGCACCUACAAGACAAAUAGAUAUUGUUUUCCUCUUUUUGAGAUUGUUGGGGUGACAUCUACUGAGAAGACCUUCAAUGUUGCAUUUGUUUAUAUGUCAAGAGAGGUGGAAGACAAUUACACAUGGGCUUUGAGUAGAUUGAAGACUCUUUUGCAGAGUUAG